GGCUACCACCCCCGGCUAUAUAAAAAAUCUAUUACUAUAGUGCUAUAUAAGCCGCAGAAAGCAUUAUAUAUAAUAGUAAAGGCCUAUAGGCCUAUUGCCCUCCUUAAGACUAUAGGUAAAAUACUAGAAAAAAUAGUAGCUAUACAACUAUUUAUACUUGCUAAAGUAAAAGAAAUACUCCCUCUAAGCUAA